CUUGACGACCGAAAGCGUUUUCUGUCAUGGUGGAUUUGAUUUUAGGUUUGCUUGUUUUGAUGUUCUUAUUAGUCUGCAGCUGUUUACCGAAUCUAGGCCCAUAUUUUGGUUGUUGUGUACCCACAAAUUAGCGCCUAAUGAGCUAAGGUGAGAAUUUGUGAAUUUUAGUUAUAAUUAGGGCCUAAGUAUAGCGAAGAAAAAAAAACCUAUUGAUACACGACUCACAACAUCAACAACGCAUUUUAACAUUUUUUUUACGUGCGUGCUCAAACAUGUAAAUGAAAAUGUAAUGAAUUGACACUGAACUGAAUUGUAAUCUUGUCGUAUGUUAGUAUAUUACCCUACAUUGUAAAUGUAAGCUGAUUGAUCAUCAUUUUAAUUAUGUAUGUGUGUAGAAUCUAGCCUGCAGUCAGGGUCGAAUUCAGCAAACUAGAGACUAGAGGCCUAGUCUAGGCCAGUGUUUUGUUCGGCAAACUCAUUAGUGACAUUAGUCUUAGACAAAAGAGCCACAAAUAAGCAGCAGGAUGAUUACAAAUUUUUUAGAGCUGUUAAGAACCAUGUUUUUCUGAGUCAAAACCGAACACACGCCAGAUUGCCGAUCACGGCCCUAGGCUAAUUUUAAUUAAAUUUGUAGGUCCCUUGCAAUCAUCCCAGAAACUGAAGUGGCAUUAAAGGGUGUGCAAAUUUAAAAGUCAAUCUUAAGCUCAGUAGGGAAAUAAUUUAUCAAUAAUUGAUUAGCUAUUCUCUCUACAGUACGACUUUUUGUAAAUAUUUCCUUUAAAUUAAUGUCCAGAGCCUUAGCAUGAGUUGCAUGUCUUUUGAGACCUUUAAUUGCCACUUUUUGUUUUUUAUUAUUUAUUAUUUAGCUAAUUAUAAGUAUUUUCUAUUACUAUUAAUUUCUUUACAACAUCCCAACUGUGAGUCCAUUAACUGGAAUAUUUAAAUAUCUGAGGCCCCAUAAAGCGACAUGGGUUGCAAGGCCCAUGUCGUGACGGCUCUGUUAAUAUCACUGCUGUGUGUUUUAUUUUAUUUAAAAUUAAUAGUAAAUUAUUUUAUUUUUAUAAAUUAAUUUUUUAGCUCAUCAAUCUAUAAAAUGUUUCUCCUCAAUUUUUGAGGUGCUAGGCUUAAGCCUACUAGACUAUUUAGCCUAAAGGGAAUUCUGGUACUGCCAUUAGCAUUUAGGCCUAGACUUAGACUAUUAUAAUACAAAUUAUAAUUAUAUUGAUAAGUAUUGAGUAUUGUUUAAAAUGAUGAUAUGAUAUUGAUCACUAAAAAGCAUAGAGUAGUAGGCGGUUAUAUUAAUUUAAUAACCAGUAAUGAAUGCAAUGUGAGAAUCAGACUAUUAUUUACUAUUAAUACUAGUUAUGAUGAUUGAUUACGUGUAUAGCGCUUGUGCCCAGUUAAAGAUCAGUGAUAAGCUGAGACUGGCAAUAAUAUAUUUUUCAAGGUAAAAUGCUAUCCGUGAUUCAUGAAAAUAAUUAAUACUAAUAUUCAUAAGAUAAUACUUGAUGAUUUUAUGAUCCAAUUACUAUUUAAAAAUAAUUAGGCUAUAUAACUAGUAAAAGUAAGCCUAUCUGUUGAGACUAUUGCUUUAAAAACAACACUGCAUUACCAGAUUUCAUGUCCUAUGCCUAUGGUAGUUAUGCAAUGAGUCAUGACUUUGAAGCAUCCUUAUAUACCAACAACAUGAUGAAAAGGAAACUAGGUACACAUAAUCCUAUUUCACAAUAAACACAUCUUUCUCCAUAAAAAAUGUUUUAGCAAUAGAUUUCAUCUUUCCAAAAUCAUAUUUUCAAACAGAAAAUAAACUUUCUCAAAAAUUAUCUUAUAAAUUAUGAAAUAGAAUUAUUAGGAAAUAUUAUCUUGCCACAGACAGGGGCUUAGAAAAGAAUAAUAUAGAAAAUGAUGUCUCUCCCUGAAAUUCAAACACAUCUGCAUUUAGAGACCAGAUAAAUGUAACAAUAAAAAAAAUUUAAAAGAUUUCAAGAAAUUCUACAGGCUUUUCUAUAUGUAAAAUCAAGAAAUCACAUUAAAAAUGAAAAACAAAACAGGAAGUGGACAAUAAUAUUUCGUAACAUAACUAAUUUUAUAUUAUUGGCAUAUAUGCAUCAGAAGUAGUAAUAAUAAAUUUGUUCUCUACACACCACAAACAAUUAAUCGGAAUGUGAUGAUGUCAAUCAUGGGUUAGAUUAACAAUGGCAAGAAUUGAAAGUGGGUAGGACCGCAGAUAAACCUUUAUUCACCAAAGUCACAAUUUUAAUCUGGUUCUGGUAGCAGACCUGUUUACUCUUACGAUUUUGGCGUACAGUGUACGAUUUUUAGGUGCAUACAUUAUAUAUACUGUAUGUUUAUUUUCUUACUAUUAAGAUAAUGUAUUGAACGAUUUUGUGUUGAUAUUGUACGAUUUUAAGAGUUUUAGGGUAAACAGGUCUGUGGUAGUGUUCGUUGCUGCAUCCAUAUACUGGCAUCUGUGCAACGGGUGGGGAAGCGAUGUUCCUAUUCUAACAGCUCCUAGCAGAAGCCAUGGCAGCCUUACUUGAAGCUUUCAUGUCGAGUCCACAGCGGCAUUGUCCAGGUGGUUCUAAGCAAUUAUUGUGCAUGGGAAGAAUGAUCGUUUAUACUGCACUGUGUUACACCGAGGCACAGUGAAGCAUUUGCUAUUGUUUCGGGUGUAAUUGUUUAUGGGGUUUUCAGUGGUGAAAUCAGUGUUCAGCUAGCGUUUGACUCUGAUUAAUCGACCUUGCUUCUGUGGGGUGAGGUAUGUGUUUGCUGGGAUGGCAAACAAACUAUAUCACACAAUCUCAAAGAUAGAUUGUCAUAUUCUCAUGACAGAUGACGGGACAUAAUAGAUUCUUUAAUCUGGGUCCAAAAAUUACAUCACAAUUAAGGAAUAAAAAUUGAAUUUAACCCUGAUUUUACCUUUUCCAAUUGUAGAAGAAAGAUGGACUUGAGAGGUGAAUGUCAAUAUCUUCUUCAAAAGCUGAAACAAUCUCAGCAGCAGGCUCAACUUCUAACUGGAAAAAAGACACAACAUGUCACAGAGAAAAGGAAGAAGAAGCCGGAAAUAGUCAUUGAGCAAAAAUCAGCUAAAGAGAAUAUCGACCCCCUUGUUAUUGAAAUUAGCAGCAUGGUUGAGGACAAUACAAACACUAAAUCCAAAAAAACAGAACUUGCCAGAAACAAGUUAUUGAGCUAUUCAAAAGAAAAUGUCCCCCCCAAGGUAAUAGACAACAAUUUUGACGUCAGAAUCACAGAUUUUCGCAACAUUGAUAAAUUACCAAUGGGGACAAAAUCUCAGAGUAUAAUCAGAAAUGAGGAACAUUUUUGUCGGCUCAAAAAAUCUCCAUUGUUAGAUAAACCCCAAGAAAAUGCAAAUUAUUCUGCUGAGGAAAAUACCCCUGAGAAUGAAAAGCAAAACGCAGAAAGUUUACAAAUUAACGCUAACAAGUAUGCUGAGAAUCAUCCCAGUAAUUUGAUACAAAGGAAAACUCUUUCUAAAGCUCAUGUCCAGCCGCAUCAAGAUGAAGAAAACUUUUCACACCAGUCCUCGGUGCAGUCAUCUGAUUACGACAGUAAAAGUGAAUUUAGGAAACAGCUGGAGCAUGAUGGGAACAAGAGGGCGAUGGCCGCUGCUCUCAACAGAUCAAUAAUAAAGUCAAACCCAUCUGUGUCAGGAAAGUCAAUAAAUGUAAGUUUUUAUUGUUCUUGAAAUUAUAAAAUGCAUGUACCACUGCUUAAACAAAAACCUUAGUUUUGUCACCAGCUUCUCUGUCUAUUUCUAUGCUCAACCCAUGGGCACCACAUGCCCCAUUCCCCAUUACUGAAACCUCUGGCUUGUAAGUCAGUGAUAAUUUCUGAUAUCAUAGAGAAAACAUCCCGAUCAGUGUUAUGAAACCUUGGAGUAGUGACCAUUUUUGUGGGGGUUUAUUAUUUUUGUGGCGACAUAUGGGUCUCCACAGAACUUUAUUCUAUAAAACUUGUUGUUGCAACCAUUUCAUAAUGAAGUUCAAAUGAUAAGUCCCUAAACAGUUGUUGAACAUAUUCAUCGGCAUAUUUAUUUUAUGAACUCUAUGAUCUGACAUAGGAGAAAUGUCUAAACUAUGGCUCUGUGCCGCCUGUUUAGUAUUUUAAUUGAAACUAAUGUUAGGACAAGUAAAAAUAAACCUUAAUCCAUGUUUCCAAUAUUUUAUGUAAACUUUUUCUGAAAAGUUAUUAGUUGCUAAAGUGAGUUGAAGUCAAUGCAAAGACUGUUCAUUCUAAUAAUUAAGAAUAUAUACUUUAUGUAAUUUAUUUGAUGUUUUUGAUUCAUGUAAAGAAAGCCUAAUCAUUAUUUCUGUACUCAUGGGUAGGAGUCUUUCAAUGACUUUUGGUUUACUAGUAACCUGGUAUUCAAUAAUAUACCUUGUUAUGGAUUCUUUAAAUACAUGACCGACGAAACCAACGGUCAAUAUCUAUGACUGACCACAACUUAUCUUGGACGGUCCAUGCCUCUAAUUGCUUUCAUGUCAGAAUGUCAACAAUCUAUCAUUGGCUGCCUGGAGAGAUAUUUUAAAUGCAGAUAUGAUGUUAUUUUUAUGAUGGUUAUUCAAAUUAAAAAUGUAUCAAUAUGUUUGAGUAAGUCUGACAUUUGGCGCAUGUGAUUUCCCAGGGAGACAACCGUUCACCGUUUGCUGGGCAUGGCACAAAGACACCUCUACAGGACCAGCAUUUCCUGGGCUAUGACUGGAUCGCUGCUGUGCUGGACAAUGAUUCGGAGCUCAUGACUCAGACUGAGAGCUUCUUCAAUGAACUGAAACACUUCAGGAAAUCUUAUAAGGACGAGUGUUGCAGCACACAUUACAAGGAGUGAGUAGGGAUAACUUAUCGUUAGCGCUUGCUUUGGUUAAAUAGUGUUUCAUGAGAUAUUAUUUAUUUCCUGGUUGCUAUCAGCAAAGAAAUAAAUUGUGGAGACUCGACAGCCUAGGGUUUUUCAGAAACACAACAAAUAGGAAUGAAAGUCAAGGACAGGGCUGCACACAAAUUGUUAUAACACAUUGCCGACACAUCUCAUGUCUACUUCCUUGUUAGCAGUAGAAUAAAUCAUAUACAAAGUGGCUCAAUCAGUUUGUCAAUUUCUACACUUGUCUGCCUUUCAGGAUUGAACUAACUUCAAUACAGGAUCAUACACCUUCAUUAUAGACAGUAUUAGAACACAUAUUCCAUGAACUGAUUUUCUUGUAACAGUAUUUAGAACACAGAUUCCAUUAACUGAUUUACUUGUAACAGUAUUAGAACACAGGUUCCAUUAACUGAUUUACUUGUAACAGUAUUUAGAACACCAUUCCAUUAACUGAUUUAAUCUUAAUAUUAUUAGAGCACUCUUUAUUCACAGAAGAAUUGGCUUUGGUAUUUAAACACACAGACACAUAACAAUAAAAUGAUGUUUUCUUUAUAUCGCCUUAUAAAUAUAAAAAGACAUUUUAACCUUGGAUUAGAUCUCUCCAGGCUUUAUAACAGUUUUAAAGAACAGUUUAUAAUAGAACAGUUGUAUAGAACAGUUGUAUAGAACAGUUUCAUAGAACAGAGUUUCAUAGAACAGUUUAUAAUAGAACAGUUUAUAAUAGAACAGUUCUUCAGGGAUUUGUUCAGCUUAGGAAUGAGUUAAUUUUGAGAGCUUGUAACAUUGUCAGUUAGGCAGACGUCAGUAUUCUUCCAGUUUGAGAUCCUCAAAAAUGACUCAGUCCUUCCUGAUGAAAAAAACUGGGUCAUUAUUCAAAGCAAAAAUAGCUUCAUGAAUGAUCAUCUUAAUGUACACCACACAAAUUCUGAAUUCCCCUUUUGUUCAGUGUAUAGGCCUCACUCUCUCUACCCUCUGACUCAAAAAAAAAAUUUAAGUCUUUAAAUUUAAACUAGAGGUGUUGCAAAAAAAGGUAAUUAAUUUUAAAAAAAUUGAAAUAGCAACACACUUUAAACACUUUAAGAAUGAGGCUCAUAAUCAAGAGUGAUCUAAACAUAGGAAAAAUAAUGUAAAUUAGUGUUAAAAUUAAUAAAUGAAAAAUAUGUAACUAUUUCAUGUCAGAAAAUAUGAAAAAUAUACAGGUUUAAAUAAUAAUGUUCAAUUGUGUGACAUUAAAAAUUUGUAUGUCUAAUUUGGAUUACAAAUUAUAUAGUUACAUGUUGAAAGCUCAACCAAACUUAUAAAUGCUUCUGCUUAGUUGAAAAGCGGUAUAACAAUAAAACACUUAUUCUGAAUGUUCUAUUGACCAUAUUUGGACAGAGAACCUCACACCUUGAUUGACUUGGAACCAGAACCAGUAGUGGAUGCUCUCACACCGUCAAGUAGGUUCAUUGUUAUGUUCAUCUCACACCAUCAAGUAAUUUCAUUAUUAUUUUGUUCAUCUCACACAAUCAAGUAAGUUCAUUAUUAUGUUCAUCUCACACAAUCAAGUAAGUCCAUUAUUAUUAUGUUCACCUCACACAAUCAAAUAAGUUCAUUAUUAUUAUGUUCAUCUCACACAAUCAAGUAAGUUCAUUAUUUUGUUCAUGCAUAUUUCCUUGGUGUGUUAAAAUCUCAAAUGUCACAAUUCUUACACUAAUUAUUUAUUACACAACUUGGACACCAAUAAUUCUUACACAACUGGAAACCAGUAAUUCUUACACAACUGGACACCAAAAAUUCUUACACAACUUGAAACCAGUAAUUCUUACACAACUGGACACUAAUAAUUCUUACACAACUGGAUACCAGUAAUUCUUACACAACUGGACAUCAGUAAUUCUUACACAACUGGACACCAAUAAUUCUUACACAACAGACACCAAUAAUUCUUACACAACUGGACACUAAUAAUUCUUACGCAACUGAACACAAAUAAUUCUUACACAUCUGGAAACCAGUAAUUCUUACACAGCUGGACACCAAUAAUUCUUACACAACUGGACACCAAUAAUUCUUACACAACUGGACAUCAGUAAUUCUUACACAACUGGACACCAAUAAUUCUUACACAACAAGACACCAAUAAUUCUUACACAACUGGACACCAAUAAUUCUUACACAACUGGACACCAGUAAUUCUUAAAGAACAAGGAACCAUUAAGUAUUGAUACAACAAAGCAUCAUAUGGAGUUUUAUAGAACAAUUCCUAAAUUUGUUUUUUUCUCCAUGUUAUGCUAGUAUGUCCUAUUGGGAUGAAUUAGAAAUGGUUUUGUAUGUGGGAAGAAUAUUAUUGUGUGGGAUAUUUUUGAACUUUUUGUUGUGCAUUGCACCAAGCUGGUCCCAUUCAUCCAACACACAAGAUACUUUUUUUUAUUAUGGUUGGCAUCUAUUGAAAACCUGUUUGUUCCCACUAAUGGAUGGGAGUUGAAACCAUUCCCAUCUGUCACGUGUUCUUUUUUGUUUUUGUGUGCUCUACCAGAAAUUGAGCCUUACACAGUCAAUGAAAGAUUGUUCACAGAGAGACUAAAUCCUGGCCUUGCGGAAUACCACCCAGACACAGGCACAAGAGGAAGAGAACGCACCAAAGGAAAGCCGAGAUUUGUGAGGUUUGUGUGGCAGCAGGUCAUAGCUUUGCUUUGCCUUUAACCAGUUUGAUAAGUAUGAUUUAUGAAAACAAUUUUCAUUGAUAUUUUAUGAAAUAAUAAAAGCCAUUUUAAUGAUAUUUCAGGACGCAUGAAAAGUUAAUUUUAAUGUUAUGUUAUGAAAUAAGAAAACAGAUGUUUUUAAAGAACAUUUUAAACAAGUUUUCAAGACUUCCUUUCAACUUGCAAAUCCAUGGGGUUUGUAUGUAACUUUGUAGCAUAAUCUUUUUUGUUGUUGCGACAUGUGACCCUCUUGCUUGUUUGAUCAUCUGGCUCAUGUUUACCUGAAAGGUCCCAUCUGAGUUGUGGCCACGGUUACAGCUCUGUUGAGCUGGGGAGGGUGAGUGAAGGGGAAAUAAGAAAAGGGGAUUUAAAAAAACAAAAAAACCUUCACUUCCAAUUGGAACUUGGCCGGGGGGUGGGGGGGGGUGGGGGGGGGGGGAGGUGGGCAGGGCAUUUGAUGAGUGAAGGGGAAAUAAGAAAAGGGGAUUUAAAAAAACAAAAAAACCUUCACUUCCAAUUGGAACUUGGCCGGGGGGGGGGGGGGUGGGGGGGGGGGGGGGUUGGCAGGGCAUUUGAAUAACUAGUCAGAUUAAUGGAAAGAAAGUCUGUGCAGAAAAUAUUUUUACAAAUUAAGAAGAAAGGAAAACAUAUUUCUUCUACAUUUAACUCGAUUCCUUUGGCUUCAUAGGGUGUCUUUCUACCCUUCUACACAGACUUUCUUAGUGCAAUUCAUUAAAAUAAUUUAAAGGCAUUUUCUAAUUUUUAGUUGUUUUUUUUUAAAUAAUUUUUUUAUUGGUCACAUUUUAAGUCUAAUACCGAGACAAAAGAUAAAAAAAUUUAAAAAAGCUAACGACAUUUUCAAUGUUUAAUUUUUCUCUUAAUUUCAGGGUGAGUAUUCCUUCAUCAAAACUGCAAUCACCGUACAGAGUCAAACCACAUCGCAGAGGAAGUUUUGAUGCCAGUGAUUCUUGUUCCUUAAAAGAUGUGAGUACACUACAUGUGCUAAUACAUCUACCAUUACAUCUACCACUACAUCUACCGUUACAUCUACUGUUACAUCUGCACUACAUCUACAGUAAAUAUACAAAUAAACCUAGCAUUACAUCUACAAUCACAUGUACAAAUACGUCUACCAUUAUAUCUACCAUAUCAUAAACAAUUUCAUCCACCAUUAUAUUUACCAACGGUGGCCAAACCGCGGCUGGCGAGCCGCAUGCGGCUCUUCUGUGUUCACAUUGCGGCUCGCGAACAAUUUAUGAAAUUAAAAAUUUUCGUCUGAAAUAUAUAAUAUAAAAAAUAAAUGAAAGUUUAAAACAAUUGAAAAGUUUAAAUCAUUAAAUUCAAAUAAAAAGUAAUUUUAAAAAAUAAAUCACAAAAGGAAUAUUUCAUUGUGAGUGGGGUCGUGUCCAAUGUUCCCUUUAAGCUGCGCAGCUAAUUUCCACUAAAGGGUGUGUUUGUGUCUGGAGGCUGUAAAAUUUGCACAAAAAAAAAUUGAUGCUGUAAAAAUGUGCACACAAAUUUAUGAUUUUGCACACAAACCAACAAAUGUUAGAGGGAACAUUGGUGGUGACCCAUAGUGCUUCAAUGCGGCUCUCAACCAUUUUUUUAAUUUUAAAAAUGGCUCUCAGCUACUACAGGUCUGGCCACCCCUGAUAUAUACAAAUACAUCUACCAUUUAAUCAAACAUAACAUCCACCAUUACAUCUACCACUGGGGAUCAUAAACUAAAGAAUUCAGUGAUUUAAAUUUAACAUAACGUAUUUGCUUAUUUCAAAAGAUCCAAUUUUUGUUAUAUUAUUUAACUGUUUAUUAAUUUUUUUGUAUAAAUUUAUGCUCACUCCAUGACAUUAUGAACUAUGGUAACAUAAUGUAAUUUUUUUAUAAUUAUUAGUUAAAACAAAGUUAUUCAAAGCAUUUUUUAAAAACAAAAGUGUGCGCUAUUCAAAGACCACAGAAAUAGAAGACAUGUUUUAACUGAAGUCUUUGACAGGUUUCAAAGACGGUUAAGUAAACAAUUUGAUUAAGUUUGUCAUUUUUUAAUAAAAUGGUAUAAAAAGUAUUUGAGACAUGAAAAUAUUGCAUCGACUACCACUGAGACAACAGAGCUGCAGGAAUGGACCAGAGGCUGCAGUAAGUAACUAUUGCCAAUAUUUCAUAUUUCCAAUAUUUCUCUUGCAAUCUCCAAGAUAUUAUGACACAGAAUGGAGCCUACCUGGUCCACAAGCUUGUUGCAUACACAGUCAACAACCUGUUUGGUCCACAAGCUUGUUGCAUACACAGUCAACAACCUGUUUGGUCCACAAGCUUGAUGCAUACACAAUCAACAACCUGUUUGGUCCACAAGCUUGUUGCAUACACAAUCGACAUCUGUUAAAUUCUAAAUUUUCUUUCUCAGAACUGUCUUUUGGGCUGGGAAAACACCAUGCCGAAUGUGAUCCCCUAUGCCCGGUCCAUGGACCUAAACACAGAGGCCAGGCGACCUGUCAACUCAACCAUCACAGUAAGUAGUUUGCAUCAGUGGUCCCUGGCUCAGUGUUUAAACAUUUUGACAGCUUUUUUGCUAUUUCAAUUUUUGUAUUAACCCCUUUGUCAAGACAAAAAGAUAACUAAAGUGGAUAAGGGCUUUGUAAUAGCAAACAAUCAAUAUUCCUAUCAAAAACUACUUCUCGGAAUUUCACGUACUGUAAAAGAUCCUUACUUGAUAUCGCUCUUAUUGAUUUGUAAAGCUGAGUGUGUAUCUCAGUUGUUUCCUAAAUCUGAGGUUAUAUCACUGAAUUGAUUUCUAAAUCUGUUGCUAUAUCACUGAAACUGAUUCCUGAAAUAGAUGCUCUCUCCCUAUAACUGAUUUCUAAAUCUGUUGCUAUAUCAUUGAAACUGAUUCCUAAAAUUGAUGCUCUCUCCCUAUAACUGAUUUCUAAAUCUGAUGUUACAUCACUGAAACUGAUUCCUAAAAUGUAUGGCUAUAUCCCUAUAACUGAUUACUAAAUCUGAUGCUAUAUCCCAUUUUUUGUUUACUAAAUCAGAUGUUAUAAGUUAUAUCCAUAAAACUGAUUCCUGAUACUAACCUUCAUUUUGCCUUGAUAUCCACAGACUCUAGCAGAAGCUGAACAAAUAGCCAGCUCAGUUCACCAGGCCCAGUGGCCAUUUGUCAGGUCAGCUCGUCACCACGCUCUGUCAUCAUGGAAGAAGCAUUACCUGGACAUGACUGACAACAUGCCACUCAGCGAGGACAUGUCUUCAAAUCUCUCUGUCAGUAGGUCGCUGUCUGAGCCUGCUCAACGCAAGACCACCACGGAUAAACUGCUCAACUCGACCUACCAGAUGAUGUACGAGAUGGAGAGACUAAAGGAGGAGAGAAUGCUGGAGAGAAAGAAGGAAGAUCAAGCAAAGAAACAAAAUACAGCAUAAAAUUUGAAAUCAAGUUUCUGCUAAAAAAUGUAUUAAAUCUGGGAUUCCCAAGCUGCCAACAAGGAAAGUUGAGAAUUACUUUUGAGUAAAAAUUUAUUAAUAUGCCUUGUCUUACAUCUAUUCUAAAUUUAAUAAUUUCUGCUAUUUAAUGUGACUCUUAUCUGCUAAAUAUUUUAGCACCUUUGACUGUAGUUAGGGUACAAUUAACUAUGGAUUGGGAGACCUCUGACUAAAGGUUGGUUGGCCAAUGACCAAAUAUUUGUUUACCACUGACUCACCUAAGGUUUUGUUGACCACUGACCAAAGGUUGGCUCACUGUUGACCAAAUGUUCAUAACUCUAACAUAAGGUUUGUGAUGUCAGACUAGCAGUGUAUGAUCCAAGGGUAAAUUUCUUUGCAUGUCUAUUAAAAAUUAAAAAUGGCUUAGAAAUACCUAGAUAUAUUUAGAAAUACCUAGAUAUACUUAGAAAUAUUUAGAUAUACUUUAUGGCAAGUAAGAUGUAAGUUUUUUUUACAUUUUUCUUGUUAAAACAGUUUUGUAAUUUUCUUUAUACACAGUUAUUAUAUUUCAUUGUAUACACUUUGUACAAGUUUAUUUGAAGAUUCAUACAAACAGAACAACGUGCUGUAAAUAAAUUGAAUUGAAGCAAAUGUCAAACCAUACCCUUGUGUAUCUGCUGAAAGUUUGUUAUGGCCUACUUCCAUAGGAAGGGAUGGUCACUUACUUGUAAUACUACAGGUAUAUGUGGGAAAAGUUUUGUAGAAAUUUUAAGCAAAUUGUCUUGAAAAAUUAAAGUUUUCAUUUCACUGAUCACUCUAAUUUUAUUUGUCUUCUUAAUUAAAACGCUCAUCAUAGAUCAACUGCUAUAUAGAUAAACUGUUCUAUAGAUAAAGUGUUCUACAGAUAAACUGCUCUAUAGAUAAACUGUUCCUGAUUCUACUUAACAGGCAACUUUAAAAAAUAAAUUUACUCUUUACAAUUUGAAUGUACAAGACACUAUUUUGUUUCGUUCCUUUGAUUUCAAGAUUUAGUUUACAAGUUUUUUAUCCUACUUAAAGUUUUUGUGGUGAUUGGUAAGUGAUGAUGAAGUGAUUGUUGCUUCAAGGAAAAGAUGGCAUGGAUCAUUUUAAGUCACUUAGUCGUGUCACCUGCCUGACAGAUAAAAAAGGCAAAUAAGCAUUGUCAAAAUGUAUUUUGUAAUAAAAUUUAUUUAUUUAUUUC